AUGCCACGUAUGUUCGUACCACUGUACGGUAGUGACCGUAUAAUUCCGCAGAGCAACGAGAUUAUGGUGGAUUUAUUGAACGGUGGCCUUUUGCUUGACAGUUCGGAAGAAGAAGCAUUAGAUAGCAGCGCUUUGGCUCCAAAAUUAUUCGGAGCUAAUAUUCUUAAUGACAAAAAUAGAUUUAUGGUUCACGGUUGUUCCUAUGAUGUAAAUCACAGCAAAUGCACCGAUAAUUUAAAUUUUUGCAAAGGAAAAUGCAAAAACUUUGGUGACAACUUAACUCAUGACUGCAAAUGUGUACCGGAAGAUUUGCUAACCAUGUUAGGCUUGACGACUGUUCGGAAAUAA